AUGGAACCUAGUCUCCUGCCCACGUCGGAGCUCCAGACUAUGCGGUACGACCCUCACCAAGACAAGCAAACAAUUUCUAUUCCUUUUCAAGUCUACUCAUUGAACAUCUAUCCGUCAGCUCUCCAGCAUAUUAAAUCCAUGCCUGCGAACAAGCUCCCCGUUGACCUCACCGCCGAGAUAUCCAAACUCGCCAAAGCCUCUCGGUUGCAAAAUGGUCUUCCUGGCUCAAUGCGAGCUCUACCCGCCGUUGCCUUAUUCGCAGGGACGGCUUUGUCCAAGACUACGGGAGCCUCCAACAUGGUUGAGAAAUGGAUGCUGGGGGAUGAGGAAGUCCCUCUGCUUGGGAGUCCGACUCUGGGAACCCCGGACAAGAAAGUCGAGGGACAGACGGGAGAUGGACAAGGCAGCCAGCAACGGCACUCGGAUGAAAGGACAAAGAAUGGAUUGUAG